AUGAAGAUCGGGAAGCCCCGGGGAGACAACCACAAACUGGUCUUGGCUGGCCUCCAGGCCAGCCAGCGGAACUUCAUCGAGCUGCUAGCGGCAUGCAGUUCGGAGGACUUGUGCCUGCAUUUGGAGUCGUUCACCCAGUGGGUUUGGGAGAAGAGCGACAUCCUGUGCUGGGCGCCGGUUCUGAACCGCUUCGACGACAUUUUCAGCUCCUACCUAGAGUCAUAUAGGGGGUAUGUCAAGGGGGAGCACGAGUCUGUUACUACCUUCUACAACAAAGAGUCGCUACGGCUUGUCUGCAAUGCGCUAAAGGCUUCUGUGAUGAUUGUUGAGAACUGCACUUCGAAGAGCAUCUACAAUUCCCUGGAGUUGCUGGUCUCGUUUCUGGACGACGUGCACCCAGAGGUUGUCUUCCAGGCUACUAAGCUGCUGUGCGUAUACUUUAGCCGGCAGCGCAAACAGACGACCCCAAAGGAUGUCCCGGAGGUCUCGGUUCGCAUUUCAAUCCUAUCGCAAACCCCGCUGGCGGACUCCACCUGCCACAUCUAUAUGACCAAGCCGCCCCCCGCCGCCCCAUCAUCGGAGCAUGACGUCUAUGACUCCGAUGGUUCCGAGAGCUCCGAAAAUUUGUCAUAUUCGGACGUUCUAGAAUUCUACGUCAGGAAGAACGAGUAUUUUUUAUCAGUGGAUUCGUAUAUCGAAAUCGGCCAAGAGGUCGUUCGCGGCUCUGACUCUUCCAAGUUGCGCAUUCCGGUGCCUGAUGUGCUGAACCUGCAGAGCGAUGUGGGUGCGGGUAAGGCCGCGGAGUAUCCGAAAACUACGGAGGGCAACAAAAGGUUUGCCGCGGCGGUGUCGGCAUGGAAGAGCAGCCUCUCAACACCACUGGAUAUUUACAAGCACGUGGUGAAGUCAAUGCGGCACCUCAUUCGAAAGUACAAGGUGGAGGACUGCUACUUUGCGGAGCUGAAGCACAAGGUCUGCAAGGUUUUCUCCCUUUACUUCCCCUUCUGGCAGCGCAAGGCGGUGGAGAUCCGCAUAUGCGCUCUGAUCUGCAUGCUGAUCGUGAAGAACAGUUCGUACGCGCAGUUUUUGAAUUACAACCCGUCGUUCCUUCUGGAGCUGACCCACAUGAUCAAGCGCCACAGGGAGUUGGACCGUUCCACGAUGGUGAUCGUUACGGAGCUGCUGUCCGCAAUGGUUCACGACGGCAUCCACGGCAAGACCCUGGCAAACUUGCUGGGGUUGAACACGGCACACGGCAUUUUUUCCAAGGUGCUGCGGUACUACCUCUGCCACAUACACGACAAGGCGCCUCUUCCCCCGCUGCUGUGUUUCAAACCGCCCGUUGAAACGAAGCAGUUCCCAACGACCAACCAGUUGUGGGCCCACCACCACCCUACCGGCGUCCACGUGAUGACUGAGGAGUGCGUCACCAACCUGCAGCUGCGGGGGUCCGUCGUACUCGGCGAGCUAUACUUAAGUGAGUGGGACUAUAGCCUUCGCCUGGACACGGAGGAGGACCGCGCGAAUGUCCAGGACAAAGAGGACUCGAUGCGUAUAUUGCUGCAGUUGCUGGUGGUGUUUUACACCUUCAUUUCGUCUCACGGUUGCAGCAAUGCGCUGACCAACACGUCGGUCCUCGAGGGGGUGGCCCACUUCGUUAGGAACCCCGACCCUAUAUAUCUGCCCGUGGUUAUAUACGUGGUCCAGGUACUCGAGGCGCUGCUGGACUACAACCAGCACGUGUCCCGUACGCUCAGGAACGACCUCAAGGUCUUCCACAUCUUCGUGUCUCGUAUGCAGUUUGACAUGUACCAGAUCAAGCAUUUCGCCCCCUUUGAAAACCCGGUGGCGGAGGCCACGCCCUGGCCGAAGGGGUGGAAGAUGCCCCAAUGCAAAGACGUGGUGACCCUUCGAAGCUACUGGAUGUCCAUGUGCGACAUGAGCGCCCGGCGUUUCUUGCUUAAGACCCUGAUUCACAACGUUGACGCGGCGUCCCGUUCCGUGGUCGGCAGGAACGACACAAUCGACCAUGAUCUGUUUGCCGCUACUGGCGCCAUAAUUCCGAUGCUGCACAUGGUGUUCGCUCGUCCGCAGACGUACGGCCUGAGCGUCUACAGCUCCGCCAUCAACCUUAUAUCGGAUGCACUGAGCGAAGACCCCCUGUUGCAAGAGGAGUUGCACACCAUGGACAUCAUCCCGGCAAUGAUGAGGUCGAUAUGCUCAGACAACCUCAAGUCGGAGGAUUGCCUGAAUGUGGUGCCGAAUGUUAUCUGCGAUGUUUUGCUGCACCGCAGCGGCCGGGAAUACAUGAAAAAGGUCAAUUACACCCCGAUUUUGAAGUUGGUUGACAUCAUCACUCAAAAGGAUUUCGUGUUAUUCGACCGCUUCGGCGAGGUGGCUUCCACCAUCGGGAUGUCUCUGGAUAGCAUUGUGAAGAACAACGAGUCCUCUAACGCGGUGAUACUCGACCGUAUCAUCAAGGUCAUGUACGAGUUGUUGCAAGAGGCGCUGACCUUCCCACCCUUCAACCCGCAGGAUUCUGUGCAGUGCGCCAAGGACUUCGAGGCCUACAUGCACGAAUUCCGCACCCACUCGGUCGAAAUAACAGCUGAAAUAUUGUCUUCCUUGGACAAUAUAGAAAGGCACGACUUUUUCGCCGACAGGAUAGCUCACUUGGGGAAAUGCCUGUCCACAUACCUCCGCUCUGGUCAGACGCUGUCCCACUUCGUGUCGUGCGAUGGUUUGAAAUUGCUCUACCAGCUGUGCACGGUGCCAUGCCUGCCGCCUCUGUCGGCGCUGAUUUAUUCGCAACACCCGCUAGCGCUGCUGUUGAAGUCGAUUCUGACCCACGCGCCCGUGCCAUGCAUCUCCUAUCUGCAUGGUCUCUGCAGACCGUAUGUGAAGCAGCCCGUUCGUUGCUGCAUGCCCCGGACGGACGAGGAGGUUACGCGGAAUCUGGAGUAUUUGAGGAUGUUCCACGCAAUCAGCUACACCAUGUAUCUGAUUUACCGCAACGGCCACAACAUGUAUGAGGCCUGUUGCAGCGGGCGGUUUCAGAUGGGCGCCACCACGAUAUCGCGUUGCGACAUGCACAUGACCCUGAGCGCGUAUCUCAAGAACGUCAUAACCGCACUGCCGUACCUGACGAAGCAGUUCUUCCUCACCACCAACGAGGGCGACCUUGAGACGUUCUUCAUCUUGAGUGGGAAGCACACGCCUCACGAGCAUCCCCAGCUGAAGGCCUACAAGAUUUUGAACCGUGAUUCGAAGAAUGCACAGACCUCCGAGAGCUCCUUCUCAGCGAACGACCUGUUUUGGUCGAGCCAGUUUGCAUACUCUUACAGCAGCCACAACCCGGCAUACAAUAACAGCCCCAGCCCCAACCUGUCCGAUGACAAGUUCAAGAUGAACAUCGAGGUCUGCCGAUUAUGCCUGGUUACGUGUAAGGCGUUUGUGUACGCGAUCAAUCCGAUAAUCGACAAGGCGUUGAAAUCGUCGAAUCUCAAGAACACGUGUUUGCGGAACUUCAUAGCCAACCACACGGUGUCGUUGACGCUGCUGUGCAUCAACAUGCUGAAUUCCGCCCCUUCGCUGGUCAACAUUGCGUCCGGCUCGGGCCUGCUAAUAGAGGGCAUGGAUUGUGUGAACACCGCGCGUUUUGUGGCGGAGACUAUGGAGGUGACCUACAAGCUGUUCGUCGACGACCGCAACGUGGGUACCAUUUACAUGCUUCCUUUCGCGAUAUUUUGCGAAAUGAACGGUAUGAUGUACCUGAAGGACGCCUUCGAAUACAUGAUCACCAUGUACCUGGGCUGCGCGUUGGCCUUUGCCCUACGCGUGCAUGCUGGGUUGACCCCUGCCGACGUGUUGGGCGCCAAUUUCAGGGGCAAUGAGAAGCAGUUGAUGACGGUUGUUGACCUAGUGAAAACCUUCGACCUGAAAAAGCUAAAGCACGCCAUGGGGCUAUUUGGACGGUCACUUCAGAUAUGUCUGGGUUUCUUCGCCAAGAUAUGCUACGCCAGGCCGGAAAGCACCACGAGCAACAUCACUGCGCUUAAGAAUUUCUUGGCCACACCGGCGUUUGAGAAGGUUUUUCGCCGCGAUGUUCGGCCGUUGUCCGAGUUGAUGACAGCAGCUGCGACUAUGGCAGGGUCGGUGUGCUGGGAAUGGCUGCAGGUAAUUGCUUCCGUGAGUUCGACCGCGCCCAGCAACGGCACGGCAAGCUUGUACUUCUACAUUUCGACCAAGUUGUUAACUUCGCUUUUGAAGGUCCAGGUUAAUAUGUGGGACUACCUCUCGCCGCCGCGUCAGAAGGAUCUAAGGACGAAACUCGAUCGAAGCAAGGCGCCCAGAGACGGUGAAGAUCAAGAGUCGGACUCGGCUGGUGGUGCGGUGCCCUUAACCCCGCGUUGCGCAGGCCGCCAUCACUGUUGCGUUCAAGACGUGGCAAUCGAUGGCGAAACAGAUGCCGCUCCUACGAGCGCGUUCACGUCGGAGGCGUCUCGCUCAAUUCUGCUUGAAAUGGGCUUCAGCGAGUCCGAAAUUGUGCGCGCAGUAACCGAGACUGGCCGCAACGACGUCACCUCCCUAGCCGACUGGCUGGUAAACCACCCCUAUAGCCAGUCUCCUCGCUCCCGUGAUUCGGAUAGGAACGCUAUAACGAUUGACACCAGCGACGAUAUACCCACGGGCACUGAAAAUCUAACUGGCCAUAAGUUGGCUGUUAGAAACAUGCCGAUGUUCUAUUUUGAGUGCGAAGAUACGUCUGACGAUGAUUUGUGGACUUUUGUGCAUUUUGAGAGGCACAGCACGUUCACUUCCCCGGACCCCAACCAGGUCAAGAACGAUUUCGCCACCAAGUUCAUAGACACGCUUCUGUAUCUGAGUACCAAGAUGUCGUCUUCGCUGUGCACGAUCUUCGAAUACAUGGUUCGAGCGCUAGCGACCCCGAUGCCUCUCAUGAUUAAUGGCAAGUACGCUUCUUCCACGGGCGGCUUCAACCAGGAAAGCAUCUCGGUACUGCUGCAGCACAUCUGCAAUUGCCUGGACACUCUCUUCAACCGCCUGUCUGCGGCAAACUUCCCCUUGGACAAGGAUGGAAUUGCGUCCGUCUUCUGCCCCGUGUUCUUCUACGACGAAUUGGCAAAAGGUGCCGCCAUAGACGCGACGGUGUUGGCCGGCAAACCAGCCGUGGAUGCUGCGUACAACAGCGACAUUGUGCAGCUGCACGAACAGUUGCUGGGUAUGUUCUACAUUUUGGCACAGCUGAUCGGAAAGCGAGUUAGUAUCGGUUCUGAAUUUUUGAAUGACGUCAACAACCCUAUGGACGUCAUUCUGAACAUGGUGGAAUACUUCCAGAAGUUGCGCUACGAUGCGCACAGCUCCGGCUUGUUGACCUUCGCCGGCAUUGGCAUGAAACCGUCCUUGUCGGGUAUUCCCCUGUCACUUCCGGAGUGGUGCCUGCACAACGAGGUGCCCCGGGGUCAGGGUAACGAGUCGAAGUCGACCGGGAGGUACAAGAUAGACUACGUUAUCAUUAAGAACGGGUUCCUGCGAAACAGCCCGGACCCGCAGAUGAGCUCACCGCCUCCGUUCUUCAAAUACGCCCUCGCGUGCAUCAGCGAGAUGCUGAGAAGGCACCCGCUGAUUGGGUUCUACAACCUCAUGUCGUCGUCAAUAGACCUGAGCAAGAACGUGGAGCUGCUCUCCGCAACCAAAAGCACGCCGUUCAUGUCCAAAAGUUCGCAGAAGAAACUGGUUCGCACGUGUCUGAACAUAUUGGAGUGUUUCCCGGGAUUAGAUGGGGAUGUGACGUUCUCCGUGUUAUCCAUACUCGAGGCGCUGACUGAGAUAUAUUCCAAUGUGCGCGAGCUGCUGCAUUACAAGCGUCUGCCGCCGCAGGAGAACUACCCCGCUCAUUUCAACCGCAAGCUCGACUUUGAAGAUGUGAUUGGGGCGGAUGCGGCAUCGAUUCUGCUCAUGAUCCCCAAGUCCGCCCGGUGCAAGGGUAUGCUGAAGUUGAUUGCCAAGAUCCUUCUGCACUGCAUGGAGAACUCGUCGAUGCUGCGCAGCGCCAUUGAGAAACGCGUGUUGCAGCUCCUGAGCGCAAAUGGGUGCGAGCCUGUUGCGCUUUCCACCCUUGUUGAGGAGGUGGCCCCCUUCGCCAAGAAGGACCCCGCCAUGUUGCUGGAGAUUUUGCAGAAGCAGUGUGUCAUGACUCUGGAAGAGGGCGCCACCGAUGUUGACUUGAGCAACGCCCGCGUUACGUUGCAACAUGCGUCGCGUAUAUCGGAGUUGCUUGAAUCCAACAGGGACCUGAUGACCCCAGGUAACAUCCCGGUUUUGGAAAGCUCAAACAAGGACCACACCGCUGUGGCGGAUUAUGACGUGCUGUUGCGCAACAUUUUGCGCAUUUUAGUGGUGCACAUGCAGAUAUUCUGCAACAUCCAAGGGUUGACACGGCCCUCGAGUACGUCCGGUGACAGCUCCAAGCCGGCUUAUCCCUUGGCACUCACCAUUCACGGCCUGUUCUACCUGUUGAACUCCUUCUGCCACAACUUCCCCAUCGCGGCAAACAGUACCCGGUUGCCCAAGGCGGAGUAUGACCUGCCUUACAAGCCAUUCCCCUGGAAGGUGAACAUGAUCGACGUCAAGGAUAGCCACUUGGUGUUGAUCCAGAUGUUCCGCCGCGUCCUGCCCAUGAUAUGUGCGUUGUCGGCGCCGUCACCAAAGGGCCACUCCACGAAGGAGAGCAACCAGGAUAUCGCCAGCGCGAACAAGCUCGUGAUGACCACUAUGAGCGGCUUCCUGAACUCCAUCGUUUUCAUUUGUUCGACCAGCAUGAAGAUGUGCGUAUCGGUGGUGGAGGAGAUCAAGAUGGUGCUGCAAUUCCUGGUGGGUCUCAGCGCCCGUGAUUACAGCACGAACCCUUUCGCGGUGGCACUCUACACGGUGUGCGACGUGCUCCAUAACGUGCUCCAACUGCGUUUCGGCGACGGCGCCCGUGCCGACCUUUCCGCCGAUUCCGUGUUCCAAAUCAACAAGUCGUUGGUGAGCAUACUGAACAAGCUGGAUUUGAACACUGAGGACAGCAGCACGCUCUGCGGGGGCAUCAUCAGGGCCCUGGUGCUGCUGACGGCGCCGGAGAAGAACGCCGCACUGGCGGUCGGCAGUCCGGAUAAAGAGGACGACGAGUAUAGUUACCAGGACGAGGAUGACAUGGAAGUCAUCGAGGUAUCGUCGUCAUCCAGCGAGCUCGAUGACAUGCAACUCGAAUCCCAGGAGGACAUGUCCGAGACCGACAGUGAGGAGCUUGAGGAAUACAUGGAGGACGCCAUGGAUGAGGACGUUGCAACUGACAGCAGUGGAACCGAUAGCGACGGGUCGGACGGCGAUUCCGACGAUGAGUCCCAGUACGACUCGGAAAGCGACAACAGCGACGAUUCCAGUGACAGUGGCGAUCUGGACACCGAAGACGGUUCCGUUAAUAACGACGAUGUGGAUAUGGCGUUGCCGCACCAGGUUGACGAGAAUUAUACCGAGAUUCCCAGUUCGGACAGCGAGAGCCACUCGAGCAUGGACGAGGUGGACGAAGACGAGGACGAUGAUGACGCACCUCGGAUCCGCGUCGUGGGCGAGCUUGACGAGAGCCACGAGGAAACGAUCACUGGCGUCAUGGAUGACACGCGCCCACAUCUCAACAUUGCCGAGGAUGACAACAACGAGCUCACCAGCGGGUACUCGUCUUCGAGUGACGAAGGCGGGAACGACAACGGCGCCCCUAUGCUGCCCGAACCGUCCACAACGGCUAGCGCGGGUAACAACGUCUCCAUCAACAUUACGGACCCCUCGGCCACUUUGCCAGUAGCUGGUAACAGCAGCAUCCGGAUCCAGAUCGAGUUUGGCGGUCAGGGAGAUGUGCAUUACGUGGAUCCGACCCGGGCGCAGCCGCAUACCACGCAGCACCGCGUCGCUCGUGUGACGCGUGCUGCGCCGGAGGCUACGUCUAACGAUGCCGGAAGCACGGACAGGAGUGACACCUGGGCGUUCUCCGGCGACUUGGCGGUUCCGGCCCGACACCCGAUGUUGACGUCCACGAGGAAGUCAUCGGCGGGCGCCACUGACCCCGAUAGCGCGUUGAUUAAUUUGAUUGCCAUGGGGUUGCCGCGGAUCCAGUUGCCCAAAUCACCUUCCGUUGACUCAGCCGAAGCGAGUAUCGAACAACAGCCGGAGGCGAUGGAGGUUGAUGAAGCCCCAUCUGAGGAUAUCACAGGAAGCGUUUCUGUCUGUUCAGGCCACAACGAUGUUGCCGAGGAAGAUCCGUUGCCUUCAUCGGAUUCAACGGACUUGCGCCUAGUGUACGUCAACCACGGUUUGGAGCGUAUUGCGGCCGCCUUGCGCAUCAGGUACGGCGACCUCUUCGUGCUGGCCAACAUGGACCCCUCGGUGCUCGCCGAGCUACCCGAGGAGAUGCGUGAUGAGAUCAUCCAGCAGCAAUUGCACACCAUCGAUGCCGACGCGCUUGAGGCGCUCCGCCAAAGCCACCCUCUGCCUGAUAUACCGCAAUCGGUCCCCCCGGCGAGAAACGAGGACAUGCCUUACAUAGAGGCGCUUCCGCGGGUGUUGCGUCUGCAGGUCAUGCGGUCAAUGUAUGGCGCGACUACGUCACGGUCCGAUCCCAGCCACUCGUCACGAUUGCAGACCAUGGACAGCAGCAUAUUGUCCGCCCUGGUGCCUGCUUUGCGCAGCCAGCUUUUUACGGGUUCGUCGCAUGAGUUCUUCGAGAGCCUGGCUCCAGAACUGGUGGGAACGCGCUUUGGUCAUCACCACGUUCAUAUGGCUGGCCACGAUGCGGAUGGAGAGGCAGUGAAUGGGUCCGCGGGCGUUCGGGCUCUGCUGUCAGGUGGCACCGAGUCAUCGGAGCAUGUGCGGGGCGGCGCGAAUUCGCAGCAACUGCCGGGGUUGACUUUUGGUCUCAUCAUCGGCGAGUUCCGUGACGGGAACAACCCCCGUGUCCGCAACACUGCUGGCCAGCGUGGUCGCAACACAGUGGGAUCGCGCAGGAUGGGCCCGACACCCUUCAGGCGGCGUAUGGAUACCAACACGCGUGGCAUGAACCUCAACAACAUCGUUAUGCACGGGGAUCGCGUGCCGCGUGUUACCCGGUCAGUUGUGAAUGCGAUGGAUGCGUUGGGAGCCGCUGCGCAUGGCGCAACUGACCGUGCAGCUGCCGCAGCGUCCGCACUCGAGCCCAUCAUCAUCAACGACAGGGGCAGGAACGGCAUAGACACCAGGAUCUUGCAGACGAUCCCCCAGCUCUUCAACACGCUCAACCCGCAGGUAUUGAACAUGCUGCACACGGCGGAGCGGUUCAUAAUCUCCACCGCACCCACUGCCUCCCAACCGCCCUCAUCGACGCCCGAGGCUCCCGCUCGCACCGACUCCCAUGCGAUCAAUACGUGUGAACGCGUGAUUGAGAACGCGGUGCGCUACAUCCCGCACUCAUCCUGCGAGCAACGCGAAGAACCGUCUGGGGAUGUGAUUUGCCAAGUGCUCGACACAUGUCGCGGCCCCAGGAACUAUUUCGCCGAGGCGGACAUCGUGGCCAUUUGCAAGAUCAUCUACCUGAAAGACGAAUUAAACAAGAAGAUCUACUUCAAGCUCUUGCACAACUUGCUGCUGAUGGACGAGCAAACCUGCCAUACCGUGCUGAGGUGCUUCCUGUCCAUCAUGCACGCAUCGAUUUUGGCGUUGACCAACAACUACGUCUCGACCAUAAAGACCGACAAGUUCUUCAGCACGCUGCCGCGCUUGUGCAAUUCGAAAAAGGAUGACUUCCCUCCUGCCCAUUUGUAUGGCAGGUUGCCAUACAGGCACGUCUCGCUUGACGGCCGUUUGGAUGCAGACGCCAGGCAGCACAACUCCUUUUUCAUGGGCACGGUAUCUGAAGCCGUGAAUAUGGGAUGUGUGGAUAUGGGCAUCGGAUGUUCCAGUUACGUUUCCUGUGAGCGUGUGCUGGAGCAGCUGCGCAGCCUGCUGAUUGCCUUGCCUGGCGCCAUGCAGUUCUUCGGAAUGCCAAUCGCGCCGUCGGCUUCUGACGAGGGCUCGUCGCGUUCGGAUUCCCGCAGCAAGCGCUCCAAGGUGUCGGGACCCAAGUCCGAGAAGCGGUCGCCGCAUCGCCACCUGUAUCCCAUUGGGUUCCUCUUCAUGGCAACGGCAACCAAAAUGUUCCAGUCGUCGCCGAAGUUGAUGAACCACCUCAUGAUGGUGAUCCAGCACCUGGUGGUGAGCCCCGAGACUCUAAACGUCCACGGCGCCUUGGUGGCCCCCGUUUCACUCGAUGACUCGUCCAACGCCAGCCAUGUCGCUGGCGCCACGCCUCCCGAGAAUCACGACUCGGUCGAAAUGGCGUCGGGUGACGAAGAUGGGAGUGCCGGCCGCGGAGACGACACGAUGAAUACUUCGGUAGACUCGUCGCAGGCCUCGAACUCGCACAGAAGCCAGGAUGACAGCAUUUUGCGCGUCAAGCAGGAUAUCCUGAACAAACUGGACAAGGACGCCGUCAACUUAUUUUUGGACAUCCACACGUCGUGGUGUCACCGCAGCAACUGGUUGCUGUCUUGCAACACCAUGCGCGACGGUUCCUCCAGUGCCCAUCUGCAGCUUGUGGCCCGGAUCAUGUCGGCGCUGCUGUUGAGCGAGAAACAUGCGUCUAACGUGCGGGAAUUCUUUAUCAGCAGGUUGAACGAGCUAAUCGGCGUGUUGUGUAAGUCGUCGCUGGACAUGCAGGCGCAAAGGGGCGAGAUCAUUGAGGCCGACAAUGAAAACGUCAUUCUUUUCGAGGGCGUCAGCAUAUCCGCGCUGGAGCACCGCAUCGCCGCCAUGGUGCGCAUCGUGACCUUCGUCAACGAGAUGUUCACGGAGGUGCACAAGGCUGAAACUGCUGAUUCAUCGGUUAAGUCCAACCGGCCAGCGAUGUUGAACGAGUUUUACAGCAACGUGAACCUCGACCGACUCUGGCGCGCUCUUGAUUACACGUUGACCGACCUCGUCAGGUUGGCGACGCAGCAGAGCAAUUCCGACACCAAGGACCCGCGCUCAUCGCAGUCGCUGAACGGCCGUGACGUCCUGCUGGACAACCCCAAUAUCGUCGAGUGCCUGAUGAUGCUGGUGCCGCUCAUCGAUGCCUUCAUGAACGUCACCCAAAUUCGCGUGGCCCUGGACUACAUGCUGGAUGACGUUUCCGAGCUCGAUAACGCGAUGUCGUUCGUCAACUUCGACUACGAACUUCCGGAUGGCAACCUGGACUUCAUCGCGGUGUGCCAUCAGGAGCGUGUGCCUCCCAAGAAGGAGCCAUGGGACUGCGACGAGAGCAGCGUAGAGAUCUCGCCGAACCACCUGAGUCUGAUUUACUUCACGGAGAGGCAGACGCGUGUGCUCAACUGCUUAAUCAAGCAAACGCCGUCGCUGCUGUCUACCAGCUUCGCCCCCAUUGUCCGCCUGGCCCCCAACUGCCUGAACUUCGAUAUCAAGCGCCAUUACUUCAGGCAGAAGUUGAAGGAAGCCCGGCAGGGGUUGCGCCUGGAUACCGUGCGGAUCAACGUCCGACGUGAGCACGUCUUUUUGGAUUCCUACCACCAGCUGCGACUGCGCACCGGUGACGAGAUGAAGGGCAAGCUUGCCGUCACGUUCGGCGGCGAGGAGGGUGUCGACGCGGGCGGUUUGACACGCGAGUGGUUCAACAUCCUGGCCAAGGAGAUGUUCAACCCCAACUACGGGCUCUUCUGCCGCGAGGGCCGCAAGCAGGAGUUUAACCACCCCAACCCCCUGAGUGGCAUCAACCCUGACCACCUGAACUUCUUCAAGUUCAUCGGGCGCGUCAUCGGCAAGGCCGUAUACGACGGCCAGCACAUUGACGCCUACUUCUGCCGCUCGUUCUACAAGCACAUGCUCUGCCGCAAGAUCACGCCCGCCGAUGCGGAGUCGGUGGACCCGGAAUUUUACGAGAACCUGACCUCCAUCAACAACUGCCGCCUCGAGGACCUGGGGCUCGAGCUGUACUUCUCCACGGAGAUUGACGAGUUCGGCAAGGUCAAGGUGAUCGACCUCAUCCCGGACGGGCGCAACAUCCCAGUCACGGACGACAACAAGCACAAGUACAUCGAGUUGUUAUGCCGCCACAAGGUCACCAACGGCAUCAAGGACCAGCUCGACGCUUUCAUGUCGGGUUUCAGGGAGCUCAUAUCGCCCGACCUCAUUUCCAUUUUCGACCACAAGGAGCUCGAGCUGCUCAUCAGCGGGACGCCGACCAUCGACCUGGCGAACCUGCGCGAGAACGUGGAGUACGUGAACUACAACAAGAACAGCAAGCAGAUUGUAUGGCUCUGGGAGUUUUUGGAGGGGCUCGACCAGAGCAACCUCGCCGCAUUUUUGCAGUUCGUCACCGGCACCAGCCGCGUGCCAAUCGGCGGAUUCAAGAACCUCAUGGGUAUGCGCGGCCCACAGCGCAUCUCAAUCCAUCGCACAUGCAACAGCGAGCGCCUCCCCUCGGCGCACACGUGCUUCAACCAGCUGGACCUGCCGGCCUACACCACCCGCGAGAAGCUCGCGCAGAAGAUGCUGCAGGCCAUCCUGGAGGGCAAGGAGGGGUUCGGCUUUAUAUGA